CUUGUUGGGAAAUUUGAAUUAAACCCCUGAACACAUGAAAUGUAGGAGGUGCCAAGCCUUUUUUUAGAAGAACUACUUGUUUUGGUGAAUCAUUUUUUUAGAGUUCCAGCGUCUUUGUCAUAAGUGUGGUAACUUGUCACGUUCUCUUUUUACAGAAAUCCCCUUCAGAAGGUACGGUUUGUGACAUCAUUUACCAGGAUAAGAUUGAAGCAAACAUCAACAUGGCUUAUGGUUCAUCCACUCCUGUUAACUUGUACCCAGCCUCCGAAGCUGGUUUUUGUGACGUCUUUGGAAAUGUGUGGGAAUGGAUCGAGGAUCACUUCAAUGGGCUUGGUGACUUCAAGGCUCAUUUGCUGUAUGAUGACUUCUCCACGCCUUGCUUUGAUGGACGACACAACAUGAUCAUGGGUGGCAGCUGGGUGUCAACUGGUGACGAGGCAUCACGAUUUGCCCGCUUUGCUUUCCGCCGCCAUUUCUUUCAGCAUCUUGGUUUCAGGAUUGCCCAGUCGGUUGUGGACAGGCUCCCAGUGCGUUUGGUAGAAACUCCUGUUUUUGUGCUGGGAGUUGGCGUUGAAGAUAACCCUCCCACUCUGCCUGGAGUUGAUGACAACAGUGUUUAUGUUAGCACGACAAACUACCAAUACCACGACGAUGCGGAGGAGUUUCUGUACAGUGAAGUUUUGUCGCACUACGGAGAUCUUUUGGUGAGUUUUAAUUGCAAAUGUAUAAAGUGCUCAGAUGUGGGAUUGACUUUGCCUAGUUCACAUACGCUAUGCAAUGAAUGGAAUGACUGAAGCAACCAAGUCAUGUGACCUACAGUGUUUAAGUCGACUACAUAGCGUGACUUGUGGUGAAGGAACGACAAAAUUGCGUGACAAAACUGCCUUGAAGAUCAAGACCCAAAGUGGCUGAAUGAUA